UCAGAGUCUGCUGGAAACCAGAGUCCAGUUUGAAUGGAGAUGGGAGGAGAGGUGUGAUGGCCAGACACACACUGCUAGCACCAGACAGGGCUGGAGUCUGCCUGCAGCAAUGAGGGCCACAUGAAUCCCUCCCUGCUCUAGCCCUUGUCUGUGUCUCACUGGGGGUGAUAGGGAGGGGAAGAAGAGAAUACAGACAGCAGAAGGAUAAAGGGAUAUCUGGUCUGGCUGGGCACCAUGGCGGAAGAGAGGAACAGAAGGAGCAUUCUUGAACAAGCACAGAGACCUGGCAACACUUCUUGCUCUGACUGUGGAGCCCCUGAUCCCGACUGGGCUUCAUACACACUAGGGGUGUUCAUUUGCCUAAACUGUUCAGGAAUUCAUCGCAACAUCCCACAGAUCAGCCGGGUGAAGUCUGUUCGUUUAGACCCUUGGGAUGAUGUGCAGAUUGAGUAUAUGUCCUGCCUGGGAAAUAAGGUAGCGCAACAAAAGUUUGAAUCUAAAGUGCCAGCAUUUUAUUAUAAGCCUACUGCAUCGGAUUGCCAAGUUCUCCGCGAGCAGUGGAUCAGAGCCAAGUACGAAAGGAAGGAGUUUAUUUACAUUGAAAAGCAGGAACCUUAUUCAGCAGGUUACAGGGAAGGACUCCUGUGGAAGAGAGGCCGCGACAACGGGCAGUUUUUAAGCCGCAAAUUUGUACUUUCAGAACGAGAAGGGGUUUUGAAAUAUUUCAACAAAAAUGAUGCAAGAGAACCCAAAGCAAUUAUGAAAAUUGAACAUUUAAAUGCCACUUUCCAGCCUGCCAAAAUCGGAAACCCAAAUGGUUUGCAGAUCACGUAUUUGAAGGAUAACAGCACUAGGAAUAUCUUUGUAUAUCAUGAUGAUGGAAAGGAAAUUGUUGACUGGUUCAAUGCCAUCCGCGCCGCACGGUUUCACUACUUACAGGUGGCCUAUCCUGUAGCCGGAAACAUCGAACUAGUUCCAAAGUUGACCAGAAACUUUCUCAAAGAAGGAUUUAUGGAAAAAACAGGACCAAAGCACACAGAAGGCUUUAAAAAACGAUGGUUCACUCUGGAUGACAGAAGGUUAAUGUACUUCAAAGAUCCUUUGGAUGCCUUUGCCAGAGGGGAGGUUUUUAUCGGAAGCAAAGAGAAUAAGUAUGAGGUGCUAGAAGGACUUCCGCCCUCAACUCAAGGGAACCACUGGCAACACGGGAUCACCAUUGUUACUCCAGACCGAAAGUUCCUCUUCGCGUGUGAGAAUGACGUGGAUCGUUCGGAGUGGAUUUCAGCCUUCCGGAAAGUUCUCAGCAAACCCAUGCUUCCUCAGGAAUAUGCAGUGGAAGCUUACUUCAAACAUAAACCAUAGAAGGGAUCGUACAACACAACAUUUUACAAAUGACAGGAGAACAAGGGACAAUCCUAAAAAAAAAA